AUGACAACCUAUAUACCUUCGCUCACCCUACCCGAGGGCAUCUUCCACAGCCUUCCUGCCUCUGUUGUCCUCCCCAUAGCGCUGGGGUCCGCGGUGGGCUAUUCCACGAGACCGUCCAAAGAAAGCCGCGAAUCCAUCACACUUAAGCAACCGCCCCUACGGCCCCCGGCCAGCGUCUUCCCGCCAGUAUGGACGGCUCUCUACGGAAUCAUGGGCUACGCCGCCCACCGGGCCGUCUUUCUAGGAACUUCACCCCUUAAUGGGCCCGAUACCAUUGUCGCCGCACGCCAAGGCGCCACCCUCUACACCAUCCAGCUUGGCCUCAAUCUAGCUUGGAUGCCGUUAUUCUACGGACUCAACCAGCCCGCGCUCGCCUCUGCAGAUGCCGUCGCCCUGCUCGGUCUCAACUCGUACCUGGCCUGGUGGUGGGGUACCAAGGUGGACCGUGUCGCGGGUUGGUUGCUGGUACCGUACGUGGCAUGGCUGGGGUUUGCGACGUACCUGUCGUUUGGGACGGGCUAUCUGAAUGGUUGGGAUCUGAGCCCGCUGUUUGGCAAACGCGGUGAGGGCCGGGAGCAGAAGGGGCAGAAGAAGGGCGAGUGA